CCAAUGCAGAAGGCUUUAGCUCUUCAGCACAAACUGAGACCAGCAUCACUCUGCAGUGGAAUAAAAUCACCGGCAACAUCAGCUUUGUUCUCCAGUUUAACGGCACAGAGACAAACAUCAAUGAACCAGCUGGAGAUGGACCAGUAACUCACACGGUCUCAUCUCUCACUGCUGGAACAAACUACACAUUCACUCUCCUCUCUGUUCUUGAUGGCGUCAGAAGCAGUGGAGUUAGCAUUACUGCAGCUACAGAAGAGGAAGGUCACUCUUGUGCUGGCUGUCAGUGUUGUCCUUCAGGCACAGAGUGCAUCACCAAUGGAACUCCUGAAUGUCAUGACCCCUGUGUCAACUACACUAUACUGAAUGAUGCAUGGCGCUCAACAGAUAAUAUAAACAAUACUAUCCUACACUGUGACCAGUACAUUGCCUGGAAUGGCUGGUAUCGCUUUUAUUUGGGGCAAAGCAGUGCUCAGAUCCCAGAGGAAUGUGUACAAGAGAACAGGUGUGGGACCCAUGCUCCUUUGUGGAUAAAUGGGACUCAUCCAGUCCAGUUUAAUGAAAUUGUUAAUCGCACUGUGUGUAACGCCUGGUUGGGUUCCUGCUGCCUUUUUUCGUCGCACACCAUCCAAGUCAAACGAUGCUAUGGAUAUUACGUCUACAAACUUCAACGGCCAUCUACAUGCUGGCUGGCAUAUUGUGCAGAACUUCCUUUUUUCAUUAGAGCAUCAGAACAAACUGAGACCAGCAUCACUCUGCAGUGGAAUAAAGUCAGCAGCAACACCAGCUUUGUUCUCCAGUUUAAUGGCACAGAGACAAACAUCAGUACACCAGAUGGAGAUGGACCAGUGAACCAUACAAUAUCAUCUCUAUCUGCUGGAACUAAAUACACAUUCACUCUGUUUUCCCUCUCUGAGAACAUCAGAAGUAGUGGAGUCAGCAUCACCGCAGUCACUGCUCCAAAAAAUGCAGAAGCUGUGAGAGCAUCAGAACAAAAUGAGACCAGCAUCACUCUGCAGUGGAAUAAAGUCAGCAGCAACACCAGCUUUGUUCUCCAGUUUAAUGGCACAGAGACAAACAUCAGAGCACCAGAUGGAGAUGGACCAGUGAACCAUACAGUCUCAUCUCUCUCUGCUGGAACUAAAUACACAUUCAUGCUCUUUUCUGUGUUUGAGAACAUCAGAAGCAGUGGAGUACAACUUAUAGCUGUCACCGCCCCUGAAAAUGCUGGAGGCUUCACAUCAUUGAGACAGGAUGAGACCAGCAUCACUCUACAGUGGGAUCAAGUCAAUGACAAUGUCAGUUUCAUCCUUCAAUAUAAUGGAGUGCAGUUAAAUGUAGCUGCACCAGCUGGAAGUGGACCACAUUAUUUGACAGUCCCAAAUCUCACUGCUGGAACUAGAUACCUAUUUACCCUCUUCUCUGUGUUUGAGAAUGUCAGAAGCAGUGGAGUCAGCAUUGCUGCAGUGACUGCUCCUGAAAAUGCAGAAGGCUUCAGAGCAUCAGAACAAAAUGAGACCAGCAUCACCCUGCAGUGGAAUAAAGUCAACAACAGCAUCAGCUUUGUUCUCCAGUUUAAUGGCACAGAGACAAACAUCAGUGCACCAGAUGGAGAUGGACCAGUGAACCAUACAGUCACAUCUCUCUCUGCUGGAACUAAAUACACAUUCAUGCUCUUUUCUGUGUUUGAGAACAUCAGAAGCAGUGGAGUACAACUUACAGCUGUCACCGAUCCCAAAAAUGCAGAAGCUGUGAGAGCAUCAGAACAAACUGAGACCAGCAUCACUCUGCAGUGGAAUAAAGUCAACAGCAAUGUCAGCUUUGUUCUCCAGUUCAAUGGCACAGAGACAAAUAUCAGUACACCAGAUGGAGAUGGACCAGUGAACUAUACAAUAUCAUCUCUCACUGCUGGAACGAAAUACACAUUCAUGCUCUUCUCUGUGUUUGAGAACAUCAGAAGCAGUGGAGUACAACUUACAGCUGUCACCGCCCCUGAAAAUGCUGGAGGCUUCACAUCAUUGAAACAGGAUGAGACCAGCAUCACUCUACAGUGGGAUCAAGUCAAUGACAAUGUCAGUUUCAUCCUUCAAUAUAAUGAAAUGCAGUUAAAUGUAGCUGCACCAGCUGGAGGUGGAUCACUAGCUCUGACAGUCCCAAAUCUCACUGCUGGAACUAGAUACCUAUUUACCCUCUUCUCUGUGUUUGAGAAUGUCAGAAGCAGUGGAGUCAGCAUUGCUGCAGUGACUGCUCCUGAAAAUGCAGAAGGCUUCAGAGCAUCAGAACAAAAUGAGACCAGCAUCACUCUGCAGUGGAAUAAAGUCAACAACAGCAUCAGCUUUGUUCUCCAGUUUAAUGGCACAGAGACACAUAUCAGUGCACCAGAUGGAGAUGGACCAGUGAACCAUACGGUCUCAUCUCUCACUGCUGGAACUAAAUACACAUUCAUACUCUACCAUGUGUUUAUGAAUGUCAGAAGCAGCGCUGUUAACAUCACUGUUGCUACAGCGCCUCAAAAUGCCAAAGAUUUCAGAGCAAUAGAACAAGAUGAGACCAGUAUCACUCUGAGGUGGAAUAAAGUGAACAACAACGUCAGCUUCAUUCUCCAGUUUAAUGGCACAGAGACAUUUUUCAGUGCACCAGAUGGAGAUGGACCAGUAACUCACACAGUCCCAUCUCUCACUGCUGGAGCCAUUUACACAUUCACACUCUUCUCUGUCUUUGAAAAUGUUAAAAGCAGUGGAGAACAACUUAUAGCUGUCACCGCUCCUAAAAAUGCAGAGGCUGUGAGAGCAUCUGAACAAACUGAGACCAGCAUCACUCUGCAGUGGAAUAAAGUCAGCAGCAACACCAGCUUUGUUCUCCAGUUUAAUGGCACAGAGACAAACAUCAGUGCACCAGAUGGAGAUGGACCAGUGUACCAUACAGUCACAUCCCUCUCUGCUGGAACUAAAUACACAUUCAUGCUCUUUUCUGUGUUUGAGAACAUCAGAAGCAGUGGAGUACAACUUACAGCUGUCACCGCUCCCAAAAAUGCAGAAGCUGUGACAGCAUCAGAACAAACCGAGACCAGCAUCACUCUGCAGUGGAAUAAAGUCAACAGCAAUGUCAGCUUUGUUCUCCAGUUCAAUGGCACAGAGACAAAUAUCAGUACACCAGAUGGAGAUGGACCAGUGAACUAUACAAUAUCAUCUCUCACUGCUGGAACGAAAUACACAUUCAUGCUCUUCUCUGUGUUUGAGAACAUCAGAAGCAGUGGAGUACAACUUACAGCUGUCACCGCCCCUGAAAAUGCUGGAGGCUUCACAUCAUUGAGACAGGAUGAGACCAGCAUCACUCUACAAUGGGAUCAAGUCAAUGACAAUGUCAGUUUCAUCCUUCAAUAUAAUGAAAUGCAGUUAAAUGUAGCUGCACCAGCUGGAAGUGGGCCACUAGCUCUGACAGUCACAAAUCUCACUGCUGGAACUAGAUACCUAUUUACCCUCUUCUCUGUGUUUGAGAAUGUCAGAAGCAGUGGAGUCAGCAUUGCUGCAGUGACUGCUCCUGAAAAUGCAGAAGGCUUCAGAGCAUCAGAACAAAAUGAGACCAGCAUCACUCUGCAGUGGAAUAAAGUCAACAACAGCAUCAGCUUUGUUCUCCAGUUUAAUGGCACAGAGACAAACAUCAGUGCACCAGAUGGAGAUGGACCAGUGAACCAUACAGUCACAUCUCUCUCUGCUGGAACGAAACACACAUUCAUGCUCUUUUCUGUGUUUGAGAACAUCAGAAGCAGUGGAGUACAACUUACAGCUGUCACCGCCCCUAAAAAUGCUGGAGGCUUCACAUCAUUGAGACAGGAUGAGACCAGCAUCACUCUACAGUGGGAACAAGUCAAUGACAAUGUCAGUUUCAUCCUUCAAUAUAAUGAAAUGCAGUUAAAUGUAGCUGCACAAGCUGGAGGUGGAUCACUAGCUCUGACAGUCACAAAUCUCACUGCUGGAACUAGAUACCUAUUUACCCUCUUCUCUGUGUUUGAGAAUGUCAGAAGCAGUGGAGUCAGCAUUGCUGCUGUGACUGCUCCUGAAAAUGCAGAAGGCUUCAGAGCAUCAGAACAAACUGAGACCAGCAUCACUCUGCAGUGGAAUAAAGUCAGCAGAAACACCAGCUUUGUUCUCCAGUUCAAUGGCACAGAGACAAACAUCAGAGCACCAGAUGGAGAUGGACCAGUGAACCAUACAGUCACAUCUCUCUCAGCUGGAACUAAAUACACAUUCAUGCUCUUUUCUGUGUUUGAGAACAUCAGAAGCAGUGGAGUACAACUUACAGCUGUCACCGAUCCCAAAAACGCAGAAGCUGUGAGAACAUCAGAACAAACCGAGACCAGCAUCACUCUGCAGUGGAAUAAAGUCAACAGCAAUAUCAGCUUUGUUCUUCGGUUCAAUGGCACAGAGACAAAUAUCAGUACACCAGAUGGAGAUGGACCAGUGAACUAUACAAUAUCAUCUCUCACUGCUGGAACUAAGUACACAUUCAUGCUCUUCUCUGUGUUUGAGAACAUCAGAAGCAGUGGAGUACAACUUACAGCUGUCACCGCCCCUGAAAAUGCUGGAGGCUUCAUAUCAUUGAGACAGGAUGAGACCAGCAUCACUCUACAGUGGGAUCAAGUCAAUGACAAUGUCAGUUUCAUCCUUCAAUAUAAUGAAAUGCAGUUAAAUGCAGGUCCACCAGCUGGAAGUGGACCACACUCUCUGACAGUCCCAAAUCUCACUGCUGGAACUAGAUACCUAUUUACCCUCUUCUCUGUGUUUGAGAAUGUCAGAAGCAGUGGAGUCAGCAUUGCUGCUGUGACUGCUCCUGAAAAUGCAGAAGGCUUCAGAGCAUCAGAACAAAAUGAGACCAGCAUCACUCUGCAGUGGAAUAAAGUCAACAACAGCAUCAGCUUUGUUCUCCAGUUUAAUGGCACAGAGACACAUAUCAGUGCCCCAGAUGGAGAUGGACCAGUGAACCAUACGGUCUCAUCUCUCACUGCUGGAACUAAAUACACAUUCAUACUCUACCAUGUGUUUAUGAAUGUCAGAAGCAGCACUGUUAACAUCACUGUUGCUACAGCGCCUCAAAAUGCCAAAGAUUUCAGAGCAAUAGAACAAGAUGAGACCAGUAUCACUCUGAGGUGGAAUAAAGUGAACAACAACGUCAGCUUCAUUCUCCAGUUUAAUGGCACAGAGACAUUUUUCAGUGCACCAGAUGGAGAUGGAACAGUAACUCACACAGUCUCAUCUCUCACUGCUGGAGCCAUUUACACAUUCAGACUCUUCUCUGUCUUUGAAAAUAUUAGAAGCAGUGGAGAACAACUUAUAGCUGUCACUGCUCCUCAAACUGCGGAAGGCUUCAAACCGUCAGCGCAAAAUGACACCAGCAUUACUCUGCAGUGGAAUAAAGUUAACAACAACAUCAGCUUUGUUUUACAAUUUGAUGGUAUAGAGAGACCCAUUAGUGCGCCUGUUGGAGAUGGACUGGUAAGGUACACCAUCACAUCUCUCACUGCUGGAACUAAAUACACAUUCACUCUCUUCUCUGCGUACGAGAACGUCAGAAGCAGUGGAAUCAGCAUUGUCACAGUCACUGCUCCUUCAGAUGCAAAAGGCUUCAGACCAUCAGCACAAAAUGAGACCAGCAUCACUCUGAAGUGGAAUAAAGUCAGCAGCAACACCAGUUUUGUUCUCCAGUUUAAUGGCACAGAGACAAACAUCAGUGCACCAACAGGAGAUGGACCAGUAACUCACACAGUCUCAUCUCUUACUGCUCGUACAAACUACACAUUCACUCUCUUCUCUGUGUUUGAGAACAUCAGAAGCAGUGGAGUCACAAUCCCAGCUGCCACUGGUCCAAACUAUGUUUUGGCAAUAACCAUGAGGGUAGAGCGUCCCAGCACAACGUCAGAAUUUGAGAUGGAAGAUGCUUUGGUAGAGCUCCUCAGAAAAUAUAACCUGCCGCCACAGGCUUCGCUGAAAGUUGUUUCUUCAAAACCAUGAUAUGAUUGAGUAGACAAGUCAUCAGCAACAUUGUUGUGUUUCUGUUCACUAAAAUAUAAUAAGCUAAUUCAGAUCAUUUACUAAUUUUGAAAGUUUGGAUGCCUGUCAAUCACAGUUUUUCUCAACUUUGUUUGUUAAUCAAGACUUCAGUUAAGAUUUUAUGUUUUCAUAAGUCAUGUAAAUACAUAUUUUAUGAUUUUUUUUAUUGCUUUUAAAUAAAGAUUCGGGGUACUACCGUUUGUUUGAUUUUGAAACUGUAUAAUGACUGUAUAAUGAUACACACAAAUCACUGGCCAUGUAACUUUUGGACAGGCGUAAACAGGUGUAGCCUCAGUAAGCACGUGUGAUGUUGCCUACAGAAGUCCAAUGAAUGUUCAGACACAUGAAAAAUUAGGGGAACAUUGUCAACUGUUAUAUUAGGGAUGUUUUCACACAAGCUAUAUUUCAGCGGUGGCGGAUUGGGGGAAUGAAUGCAUUCCCAGCAUUACUCCACUUAGCCUGGUUUUCUCAUCCACUA